AUGGGGAAACUCGUUCGGCUGGAGCUAUUCAACUUCAAGUCCUACAAAGGACAUCAUACCUUACUCUUCGGAGACGCCUACUUCACGUCGAUCAUCGGGCCCAACGGGUCUGGCAAAUCCAACUCGAUGGAUGCCAUCUCAUUUGUUCUAGGUAUCAAGUCUUCCCAUCUGCGAUCAACCAACCUCAAGGACCUCGUGUACCGCGGUCGCGUCUUGCGCACUUCGAAGGUCGACGUCAAUGGAGAGCCUAUCAUCAACGGCGAUGAAGGCGAGCAAGAGGACGAGGAUGAGGACGAGAAUAUGGAUGAGUCGCAGGAUGCGGGCGGCGUGAAUGAUCCUAAGACCGCUUGGGUCAUGGCCGUCUACGAAGAUGAUGCGGGCGAGGAGCAGCAAUGGCGCAGAACCAUCACCAGCCAAGGUGCCAGCGAGUACCGUAUCAACAACCGAAUCGUCACUGCUCAGCAAUACAACGAGGCUUUGGAGGAGGAAAACAUCCUGAUCCGCGCGCGCAACUUCUUGGUUUUCCAAGGUGAUGUCGAGGCGAUUGCUUCCCAAUCCCCGAGGGACCUUACUCGGCUGAUUGAGCAAAUUUCCGGUUCCUUGGAAUACAAGGGCGCUUACGAAAAGCUCAAGGCUGAAGCCGAGGAGGCCGCAGAGCAACAAACUGUCCAGCUCAACCGUCGCCGAGGAAUCAAUUCGGAGGUCAAGCAGUAUCAAGAACAGAAGCGCGAAGCCGAAAACUACGCCAAGAAAGCAGAGGAACGCGACCAAGCGAUCAUCACCCACAUUCUGUGGAAGCUCUUCCACUUCCAGCGUCUGAUUGAUGCCUCCAGCGCCGAUAUCCAGAAGUACCAGGAUGAACUAAGGGAGUACCGCCGUGGGGUAGAGAAAUACGAAACCAACGUGGAAGAUGCCAAGAAGGAGCACGCCCGUGUUGGUCGGGACGUUGGAAAGGCCGAAAAGAACAUCAUCAAGAAAGAGAAGGAGAUUGAAGAGCUCAACAACUCUCUCGUCCCCAUCGAUGAAAAGGUCGACAUCACCCAGAGAAAGGUGGAGAGGUAUUCCUCGAAGAUCGACGAGAUCGGCCAAGAGCGCUCGCGCCAAACGAACAACGCCAAGCAACUUGAGAAAGACCUCAAGCUUGUCGAGAAGGCCCAAGGUCAAUGGGAAGUUGAGUGGAAAAAGGCGACGAGCAAGAGAGGCGGCCAGCUGAGUGAAAAUGACCAGCAGGAAUAUCAUAAGCUUCGAGAGGAGGUCAGCAAGCGCUCAUCUGCGGAUCAACUCAAUUUGGACAACCUUCGACGACAGAGGAAGACUGAAGCUGAAGCCGUGAAUAGCCUCAAGAGCAAGUUCGAGACUACCGAAUGGCAGUUCAAUACCUUGCAGUCCGACGCGAAGAACAUGGGCGAACGCAAAACUGCGCUUAGUGAGACCAUCAAGACCACGUCCAAGGACAUUGAUCAAAAGAAAAAGGACCUGAAUGCCCUGACUUCGGAGCGCUUGAAGGUUUCGCAGAUGCGAACCGAGCUCGAGGAGAAGCUGCAAGUCGUUCUGAAGAAACUGAUGGAGGCCGACGAUGGCAAGAAGCAGAACGAGCGAGAAAUCCGGGCGAAGGAGCUGAUCUCAACUUUGAAGCGUAUUUUCCCCGGUGUCAAGGGCCGUGUCAGCGACCUUUGCCGCCCAAAGCAGCGCAAGUAUGCUGAAGCAGUCAGCACUGUCCUGGGCCGCCACUUUGAUGCAAUUGUUGUAGACAACGAAAAGACCGCGAAGGAGUGUAUUCAGCAUCUUCGCGACCAGCGUGCUGGCCAAGCUACGUUCAUUCCUCUCGAAACCAUUCAGGUCAAGGCCUUCCCGUCUAGCCUGAAGGGCAUGCACCGGGGAAUGCGCCCUGCUAUCGAGACUAUCGACUAUGAUGAUUCGGUUGCUCGGGCCAUCACCUAUGCUUGCGGAAACUCCAUUGUCUGCGACGACCUGGCCACUGCCAAGUAUCUGUGCUACGAGCGUAACGUCGAUGCCAAGGCGGUUACUCUGGAUGGCACUGUUAUUCACAAGGGUGGUCUCAUGACUGGUGGUCGUGGUCCCCAGCAGAAUAACUCCAAGCGUUGGGAAGACUCCGAAGUGGAGAACCUCUACAAGUUGAAGGAUAAGCUGAUGGGCGAUCUUACCAAUCUGCCGAAGAGCCAUCGUCGGGGCUCAGAGGAGGAGACUCUGCAGGGAGAACUUGUUGGCCUUGAACAACGUCUCAACUAUGCCCAUGAUGAGCUGAAGGCUCUUGAACGUAACAUUGCGAGCAAGCGCAGCGAGCUGGACUUCGUCAAAGGACAAAUGGAGGACUUACGGCCCAAGUUUACUGAGCGCAAGGAGAACCUAGAUGAGCUGGAUGAGACUAUUGAAAACUCGCAAGCCUCAGUCAGCACCGUGGAGGAUGAGAUCUACCGCGACUUCUGCAAACGCCUGGGAUAUGAUAACAUCCGCGAAUACGAAGCCCAGCAGGGCUCACUGCAGGAAGAAGCUGCGCAAAAGAAACUCGAAUUUACAACGCAAAAGAGUCGCAUUGAGAACCAACUCAGCUUUGAGAAGCAGCGCAUUCAGGCCACCGAAGACCGAAUCAAUGGUCUCAAGGCUCAGUAUGAGCGUGACUUGAGCUUGAUUGAGGAACUCAAGGAGCAACAAGAGGAGAUCCGGAACAAGCUGGACGAGUACAGCGCUGAGCUGGAUCUUCUGCGAGAGAACCUAGAAGAACAAAAAGCAAUCUAUGCGCAGUCGGCUGAGAUCCUCGCUGAGCAGCGACGGGAGCUUCAGAAGCGCAGCAAGCACGUUGAAGGAGCACUCAAGAACAUCAAUGCACUGGAAGCUGAGGUCCAACGCAACUCCUCCAGCCGCUAUGCCCUUCUGCGACGAUGCAAGCUUGAGGAUAUCGACAUCCCGCUGUCGGAUUCUUCUAACGCGCUUGACAAGCUUCCCAUCGAUGAUCUCGUGCAGGCCACGGAUCCUGAUGCCAUGGACGUGGACGAGGCUGAUGAGCUGGAUGAAGGCCCCGUUGUUCAAGACUACGGCAUUGAGGUUGAUUUUGAAUCCCUCGGAGAGUCUCUCAAGGAGGAGUCCGAUGAUAAGCUCGAGGAUGAGCUGCUCGAAAAGAUCCGUGCUCUCAACAGCGAGCUUGACAAGAUGGCACCCAACACCCGUGCCAUGGAACGUCUGGAGACAGUUGAGAAUAAGCUCCGCAGCACGGAGAAAGAUUUCGAGGAUGCUCGAAAGCAUGCUCGGAAGGCAAAGGAGGACUUUGAGGCGGUCAUGAAGAAACGCUCCAAUCUCUUCAACAAGGCUUUUACCCACAUUUCCGAGCAGAUUGGCCCCAUCUAUCGCGAGCUGACGCGAAGCGCUAACUACCCUUUGGGCGGACAAGCGUACCUCGAUAUCGAGGAUUCGGAUGAGCCAUAUCUCGACGGUAUCAAGUAUCACGCCAUGCCCCCGUUGAAGCGUUUCCGUGACAUGGAGCACUUGUCUGGUGGUGAGAAGACGAUGGCCGCCCUGGCGCUGCUCUUCGCCAUUCACUCGUACCAGCCUUCGCCCUUCUUUGUGCUGGACGAGGUCGAUGCUGCUCUGGACAACACCAAUGUCGCCCGCAUUGCCAACUACAUCCAUGACCACGCCGCACCUGGCAUGCAGUUUAUCGUCAUCAGUUUGAAGACUGGACUGUUCCAGAACAGUGAGGCGCUGGUUGGUAUCUACCGGGACCAGGUGGAGAACAGCAGCAAGUCUUUGACUCUGGACCUCCGCAAAUACACCUGA